CUUCAAGAUGGCAGCCCCCAUGGAUUUGUAUGACAAUUCGUUGCUCGGAAUUAUUCAACAUGUUGGCGAAAUCCAGCCAUUCCUUGACGUGGUUUUCAAUUUUUUACUAAGAAGAACUGAUUUCUAUCGUAUAAUGCACAAUAGGGAGGAUAAGAUGGGAUUUCCACCGGGAGUUGCUAGGCAGAUGGUAAUGCAGACAUUCACAAAAUAUGAGCAGUAUGCAUUGCAGAUGAUGCAACGAGAAGAUGCAGAGAAAAAUAAACGUGGCGAAGUUGCUCCACCUGCAGUGGAAACCGUUGAAGUGCAAUCAGAGGAUCCGAUUAGUGUUGAAAAACCCACAGAUAAAUGCGAAGAGAAGGAACAAAAAACAUCACCUGCAAAACCAAGUCAAGAGAGCAAACCUAAAGCAGCUGAGAGUGGUCAUCCAGCAAUAACGACAGGAACAGACAGCUAUAAUGGUGCUGCGUUAGACAACUAUUCAUGGUCGCAGUCAUUCACAGAUGUUGAUAUCAAGGUUCCGAUUCCAACCUCUGUUAAGAAAGGCAAAGACGUGAAGGUUGACAUAACCUCUGAUCGUAUCUCGGUGUCUUUAAAACCCGGCGUUGUGGAGAAAGAUGAAAAAGUGCUAAUGGCUGGAAAGUUGAAAUAUAACAUAAAGCGAGAGGAUUCCAUGUGGAGUUUAGAGCCUGGUAAUUGUAUUCAGAUAAACUUGGAGAAGACUAUGGAAAAGAUGUGGUUAGGAGUAUUGGAAGGUGACCCCGAAAUCAAACAAGACACCAUAGAUCCCACAAGACACUUGCAUGAUAUGGAUGAUGACUCCCAAGCUGGGUGGCGACAAGCGAUGUUUGAUUUCCAGCAAAAACAACAAGGCAAACCAACAAGUAAAGAAUUGGAAACGCAUGGAAUACUGAAAAAGGCAUGGGACGCUGAAGGAUCUCCGUUCAAAGGCACUGAAUUUGAUCCAUCCAAGUUGAACAUAUCCACGUGACCUUUGACCCACAUUAACAUAUUGUGCCAUUAUUUUUGCCAAGAAAUAAUUCCCUUCUCCAUAAGGUUUUUUUUUCACAUGCAACUAUGUAUACUUGCAUCAAAAUUGUUGUUUUCUGUGAACAUAAAUUACAGUUUAUCUAGUAUAGAAUAUACAGUUCUCCCAUUCUAUCAAGAUUAGCAUUACCGGGUAUUAAAGAAUUCCUGUUAUUAUGAAGCUAGACUAAUGACAUUG